CAUUGUUGACAUGGGGCAACUGAUAGUGAUAAGAUAAUCACGUGCACGUGGUAUUCUAACUUUUAAUACUUUUCAAGCAACUUUUGCGUUUCAUGUAUCGUAAUUACUUAAGCUCAGUUCGUGGAACUCAGCAUUUGUCUUAGUGUCAGUCCAUUCAUAAAUGAAUUGUUAAUCAGUGCUCUUCAUUCUCAUGGUUAUUAGGUACCGAAACUCCUUCGCCUCGCAAGAGGGAGGAAUGUUUUUUGUAUAAUUGAACACAUUUUCUCAAUAUUUUCGAACUGGAAACGAGUAUUUGGAUUUCACCAUCCAGUUAGCAGACUGCUGCAUACCGCACAACCCUCUCGUAUACAACGAUGGAAUCUGACAAAAUGGACGAAACAGUUGAAGAAAUCAAUGACAAGAGAAUCCUGUGCCAAUUCAAAUCAGAAAGUGGUGAGCCGUUGGGCACACAACUAGAUCUUCCUUAUUCAGUCACUCACGAGCAUCUUCAAAUUAUAUGCCGAACACUUUUACAACAGGAUGAAAGCGCCUUGUAUGCAUUUUAUGUGGAGGAGAAGGAAAUCAAUAAUUGUUUAGUUGAUGUACUAGACAUUAACAAAUUGAAUACAGAACAUGUCGUUGACAUCAUUUAUCAAGAGCAAGCUGUAUUUAGAGUCCGACCAGUAACGAGAUGCACAAGCACUCUUCCAGGGCACGCUGAAGCUGUAGUUGUGGUGAAAUUUAGUCCUGAUGGAUCACAGUUGGCAAGUGGAUCCGGUGACACAACAGUGAGGCUUUGGGACAUCCACACUCAGACUCCUCAUCAUACCUUGCAAGGUCACCCUAAUUGGGUAUUGAGCUUAGCAUGGUCGCCUGACGGUACACGACUCGCCUCUGGUUGCAAAAGUGGCCGAGUAAUGACAUGGGAUGCCAACUCUGGAAAAAAAUUAGCUCAAAUGUCCGGUCAUAAACAGUGGAUAACAGGAAUUACUUGGGAGCCUUUUCACUUAAAUACAACUUGCCGCAGGUUUGCCAGUAGCUCCAAAGAUGGCGAUGUAAGGAUAUGGGAUGCCAUCACUGGUCGCUGUGAAAGAACCAUCUCUGGUCAUACAAUGAGCGUAACGGCUGUGAUUUGGGGAGGAUCUGGACUGAUCUAUACAUCAUCCCAAGACCGAUCUGUUAAAGUUUGGCGUUCCUCUGAUGGUGUUCUAUGCAAAAGCCUUCUUGGUCAUGCUCAUUGGGUGAACACCCUGGCGCUGAGCACAGAAUAUAUCCUUCGGACCGGUGCAGUAAAUUUCCAUUCAUACGACCACAACAGCAAAUCUUUGGAGGAGAAGCAACAAGAAGCAGUAUCUAAGUAUAAAAUGAUGUGUGAUGAAGAUGGUGGAGAGAGAUUAGUUUCCGGUUCUGACGACUUUACUCUGUUCUUAUGGAAGCCAGAAACGGAUAAGAAACCCAUUGCUCGCAUGACUGGUCAUCAACAACUUAUCAACCAUGUCCAAUUUUCGCCAGAUGGACGGUUGAUUGCAUCAGCUUCUUUUGACAAAUCCGUCAAGAUCUGGGAUGGAAGGACUGGAAAAUACUUGACGGUUUUGAGAGGUCAUGUGCAAGCAGUUUACAUGGUAGCAUGGUCUGCCGAUUCACGUUUACUUGUGAGCGGAAGUGCUGACUCGACUUUGAAAUUGUGGAAUCUUAAGGACCGAAAAUUACAAGAAGAUUUACCAGGUCAUGCAGAUCAGGUGUUCGCUGUAGACUGGGCCCCUGAUGGAUCACGGGUGGCAUCCGGAGGAAAGGAUAAAAUUCUUCGAUUAUGGCAGCAUUGAUCAUCGAGUAAAUCAAAAGCUUACUAAGAAAGCUUAUCAUCGCUUUAGGAAGAAAUCAAAUGACUCGUCGGCUUAAACCUUGGAAUGCUUUUAAAUUUUCAUCUUAAAAUUAGGCUUAAGAAGGAUGACUCCCCUGUAAAUUUUAAAAUUGUGAAUAAAAUUUUAUAAUUCAAUUUCA